AAAACCAGAGAAAGGUAUGCGCUACCUUAUAGAGCAUCGGUUUGUUGAGAAUUCAGCGAGAGCAGGAGCAAAAUUUCUCAUUCAGAGGAAAGGACUGAGCAAGCAGAUGAUUGGCGAAUAUUUGGGAAAUUUGCAGAAUCAGUUUAACCAAGAUGUAUUAGAGUGUUUUGUGGACGAGAUUGACCUCUCAGGCCUUCAAAUAGAUGUUGCUCUCCGUACGUUCCAAGGAUUUUUUAGAAUGCCGGGUGAAGCACAGAAAAUAGAACGUCUGAUGGAAGCUUUUGCGAGACGCUACUGCGAGUGCAACCCAGAUGUGAUCAAGAAAUUCCGCACAACAGACACAGUUUUCCUUCUGGCGUUUGCCAUAAUUAUGCUAAACACUGAUCUUCACAGUCCCAAUGUGAAACAGGAAAGAAGAAUGAAAUUACCAGAUUUUAUCAAAAAUCUCAAAGGAAUUGAUGACGGUGAUGAUGUAGAUGCUGAUCUACUGGCUGGAAUAUUUGAGAGGAUACGACAGUCUGAAUUUAAACCGGGAGUUGAUCAUGUGACCCAAGUUAUGAAAGUUGAGCAGACGAUUGUGGGAAAGAAGCCACAAUUAGCCCAGUCUUCCAGACGCCUGGUGUGUUAUUGUCGUCUCUAUGAGGUGAAUGACCCGACAAAGAAAGAGAAAAUUGGACUCCACCAGCGGGAAAUAUUCUUAUUUAAUGACAUCAUGGUGGUCACAAAGAUCUUUGCCAAGAAGAAGACCAGCAUCACUUAUAGCUUCAGACAGUCCAUUCCAUUAGUGGGAACUCAGGUCUACCUCUUCGAAACUGCACAUUAUAAGCAUGGAGUCCGCUUGAUCUCUAGUCUAGAUGGGAAACCACUCAUCACUUUCAAUGCCAGGAAUGAACAUGAUAGAACCAAAUUUGUGGAAGAUCUCAAAGAGGCUGUCUAUGAGAUGAAUGAAAUGGAAGCAAUGAGAAUAGAUGAAGAGAUCCAGAAACACAAUCGCCACAGUAGUGACUCAGGGGUGGUCGAUAUUGAGCUUCUCAAACCGUGUGAUCCCACACCGAACAGAUUCUCUGCUCCCGAGCUCAAGAAGAGUCAGCUAACAAAUUCUCUAACUGAUAUUACAGAUGGUGCUAUAGCUCAAAGAAGAGGGAGUGAGGGAUCACUGGACAGCGGCAUGGUUUCUGCCAGCUCAGCAUCCAAUAUGGCAAAAGAAGAAAUACAAAACCAGACAAAGUCUCCAAAAACCACUUCCGGUUCCAGAUUGUCAGCAUUAUUUGGCAAGAAGUCCAGACCCUCCAAGAGCCAGCUUAGACAGUCCACUACAGAGUCUUCAGAAGCAUAGCUUUGCUGUUAAAAUUCAGAUACAGUGCACCCUGGCAAAUAAGAACCUCAUUUAAACUGGGAGCUUUCAUAUAACAUACUGAAUAUGAAAGUCUUGGUCGUGUUGAACAAAGAUCUGCACUAUGUAUGCAUAUAAGGGGCAAAAAAGCCAGUCCCUGUUUGUACGCCAUUCAAAUAUAUGACUUUGUCUUAACAGUUUGAUCCUUCCCUUGUUUGCUUGAUGUUUCCAUGGUAACAUGAAGCACUUGAAGAUGUUUCCGUGGUGACAUGAAGCUAUUUCCAUAGUGACAUGAAGCUGUUUUUGUUGUAUACUUUAGGAGCUAUGGGCAUUAACAGUAAUGUUUCGCCUAGUGUAAGAUGUUGCUGUACAUCCUGAAGCUGCCUUCUUGGAGAUUCAGAAACUGUUUUUUAUGAGUUGGUAUCUCCACAUCAGACUGUUGCUGUCCAUAUUCCACAAGGCUGUUGUUGUUUUAAAAGGACAAUAUUGCUACUGUAACCAUGUUGUUGAAAUGAUUUUAACUGCUUCAUCGUAGCCAUCUUAAGUAUGUCUAUUGAAAUUGAAGUUUGCCUUACAGAGAAAGAAGACACACACAUAUACAUGCAUGCAUACAUACACACAUACACACAUUCACACAUGUCCACCUAGGAUUGCUUCCAGAAUUGUAUAGGUGCCAUUCAGAAAAGAUUAUUGUUUUUGUUAAUCACAUAAUUCUUCUUAAACUUGAUUUGAAUUAUUUUAUGAUUUUUCGUUACUUAUUUUAAACAUCAAGGGAAGGUGACAGCAGUAAUAUAAGUCGGAUGGUUUUACUGACAUUUGGUACCUUACAACAUUUGAAUAAGGAUGAAUGAAAUUGGAUUUUCUGAAGAUUGAGAGGUGUGAAUUAUGGAUUUGAGUGUUGAACUUAACAUGGAUGUGAGUUAGAUUAUCAGGCAGUUGUUUGUAAAACAUAAUGCCAUUCAAUCUGGUUUCAGUUCCAGUGUUGGUAUUUAUAGUUUUAAUAUAAAUACUAAGUUAUGCUGACAAUAGAAACAAUUUUUUGUAAAAAGAUUUUUGUAAAUAUAUUGUGCAAUUGUUUGAUAGAUGCAAGAUAUCCUUAAAAGGGACCAGUGUAAUUAUUGAAGACUGGUUUAUUCUUGGGUAUUUAUUAUUGAUAUUUAUUUGGUGCACUGCAGACAUGGCCCUUUAGAUCUGCAAAAAUUAUUGAUCUGCUCAGACCUGGUUGCAAUAUCUUGUAAAAAGAUCAGACUGCCUCAGACCUGUAGCCACAUAUAUUACUCCAUGUAUUAUAUACCAAAGAUUUUGAAUAAUUCCUAAGAUUAUGUACUUUGUCUGUUUGAGCAGGAUUACUGUUAAUUUGUACACUUGUUCCUAUUAAGAUGAGUUGAUUUGACUUGGAUAUGACUCUCAGAUUGAAAAGGAAUAAAAAUGAAGUAGAAAUAUUGAGCAAGCACGGUUGGGCAAAUAUUGAUAAGGGCUGUUGUUGCAUUUUAUUCACUUAGAAAUCAGCUGGCUGAUUCAAUGGUAGUUCACAUUGGCAGAAUUUAGACAAGUAAUUAUUGGUUAAAAUGAACCUGUGUUCCCAUUGCCGUUGGUGUUGACAAAUUAUUUCUUUAUUUAGCUGUUCCUGUUUAAUAACCUGAUUAUUGUAUAUAAUUGGACGCAUUUGCUAUCACACAAUAAACUGGUAUACC